AUGAUCCGUUCAAGAAUUUCAUUUGGCAGCAUGACCUCUUCAGGAAAAGGAAAAGCUCUCACAUAUAUGCACAAUCGACAGAAAGCAUCCAAGGGUAUUAUAAGCGAUCGUGAGAUCCGAUUCAAGUGUUUUUCAACAAACACAAUUCUUGAUGUUCUCCGAGCUAGGCCUGGAUGGCAGGAAGUGCAGGGAGAUGGAGAGUGGGAUUUUUUCUGGUGCGACAGAGAAUGGCUGCAUACAAAUUAUGACACCAUGUUUCUUCAUGAACAUCAAAAAAUCCUCCAUUUUCGGAAUCAUUAUGAGCUGACUCGCAAAAACCUCAUGGUGAAAAACCUGAAGCGGCUUCGCAAGCAGGUAGAGAGAGAUCAGGGCAAGACUGAGGCCAAUAUGUUUGAUUUUUACCCCUCUACAUAUGAGCUACCAUCAGAGUACCAUAUUUUUGUGGAGGAGUUCAAGCGCAGUCCAGGAAUGAUCUGGAUCAUGAAACCUGCAGCUAAGUCUCAAGGUCGGGGAAUUUUCCUUUUCCGUAAGCUCAAGGAAAUCACGGAUUGGAGAAAGGGAGAGUAUCAGCCAUUGUGUGAUCCAAACAUUGCCAAAGAUCUGCCAGAAACAUAUGUGGUGCAAAGAUACAUUGACAACCCAUAUCUCAUUGGUGGUCGCAAGUUUGACAUACGUAUCUAUGUCUUGGUGGUAUCAUACAACCCCUUGAAGGUCUGGUUAUAUAGAGGUGGUUUUGCCAGAUUUUCAAAUACGCGGUUCUCCCUGGACUCAAUUGAAGACACCUAUAUCCAUCUGACAAACGUUGCUGUUCAGAAAACAUCCCCAGAUUAUGAUCCAGAGAAAGGAUGCAAAUGGUCGGCUCAACAACUUCGGAAGUAUCUGGUGGGAAAACAUGGUUUGCAAAUAGUGAAGCAGUUGGCCGCAGCGAUAGACAACAUCAUCAUCAAGAGCCUGCAGAGUGUCCAGAAGAUCAUCAUCAAUGACAAGCACUGUUUUGAGAUGUACGGCUAUGACAUUCUCCUGGACGAACAGCUCAAGCCAUGGCUGAUAGAAAUUAACGCAUCGCCUUCACUGACAGCUAGUGGGAAGGAAGAUUAUGAGCUAAAGUUUGGCUUGCUCAAUGACGUGCUGAAUGUACUUGAUCUAGAAAACAG